CACCCAGCCCUGUUUCAACACACAAUGUCCAUCUCGCAGUGCUGCCUGCAUGGAUUCCGUUGGGACGGCACUCCUACCGGCCGCACCAGCAAACCUCUUCGGCUGAACCUUCCCAAACGUCCGCCUGCUCGCCGGCCGCCGAAAUCGGCGCGACGGUCUUCGUCCCGGGCUUUUUCUGGGGCCGAGAUCCUCGACUUCGACGAGAUCGCGCAGCACCGCUUUGAGAAGCUGGACCUGCCGGGGUUCCUGCAGCGCAACGCGAGCCCGAGAUUGUCGAUGUCCCGCGCCGGCUGCGGACCGGAUUACAGUAGGGUUCGGGCGGUGGGCCACUGCUCUGGUGGAUUGUAUGUCGAUCGGUCAUUUUUCGCUUCUGACGAUGGAGGAUCUUGA